AUGGAUGCACGGCCGUCAUCAAAGGCCUCACACUCCCAGACCGGGGGUAGAAUCAAGCAUUCCAAGAACAAGAGCGUGAACAAGGGCGCUCGGCAGGUUCCCUGUACCAUGUGUGGUGAAGUCGACUUGGUGAAGGGCAACGGCAAGAUGGACGUCAUGCUGUCCUGUUCGAAUUGCUCGAAUACCGUAGGUCACGCGACGUGCCUCGGGUUCGGAGAUGUAUUGGCCCGGAAUGCCCUAUCCUACGCAUGGCAAUGCAACGACUGCAAGCAAUGCGAGACCUGUCAGAGCCAGGAGGACGAGGUGCACAUGCUCAUCUGUGAUGUUUGUGAUCGCGGUUACCAUGGCCGAUGCCUGAUACCCCCAUUGACCGUGGCUCCAAAAGAUGAUUGGAUAUGUCCGCGUUGCAAAUCAGUACCUGCAGAUCCUCCUGCUACUGAUUCGAUGGAGGCGGCGGAAGCUCGACCGUCCCAGUCCAAGCAGAUCGCCUCUCAAUCUCAUUCGAAGCGGGAAAUCAAACGGAAGACAAUCAAUCAUCAGAUCGAAAAACCCAAUGUCGUCAAGAUCAAGUUGCCCUCAAUGGCCAUCAUCAGCAAGUCCAUGGCCCAGCGAGUACCGAAGAAGCGGCGGAAAAGUCAAGAGCAAGGCAGUCCUCCUGGCGACGAAAUUCAAGAGGAGGAAGAACCGCCUAUACCAUUUGGCGGCAUCAUUACGGGUCGAGACGCGGACACUACCAAGACUCAAAUAGGAUCGACAGAUGUUCAGCUAUAUGAGGAAACCCGUCGAGCAGCCGAAAUCCGGCUUGGAGGUGAUGAUGAGGUUGACGAUGGUUACGAUGGAGAAACCGAAACUCCCGGUCCCAGCGAUGCUGGUAGCGUAUAUGGCACGGCAUCACCGAUUCCCGAGACCCCACAGGCACAAGGCGGAUCGCGCGCGCUCAGAGACAGGCUGCUGCCUUCGGUCGCACCUUCGCCUAGGCCUGCGUCGCGAGCCAUGGAAUCUCCUUUCUCUGGUCCACCUUCGACCCCGGCAAGGCGGAUUGUGGCUGAGAAAAUCAGUGUCAUCCGAUUCGGCAUAUACGACAUCGACACGUGGUAUUCUGCGCCAUACCCCGAAGAGUAUUCCAGGGUCCCGGACGGUCGGUUGUGGUUGUGCGAGUAUUGUCUCAAGUACAUGAAGUCGGGGUUUAUCGCGGAAAGGCAUCAGAUGAAAUGUCGUGCGCGAUGUCCUCCCGGAGACGAGAUAUAUCGCGACGGUAGUGUCUCGGUUUUUGAAGUAGACGGCCGAAAGAACAAAAUCUAUUGUCAGAACCUGUGUUUGAUAGCAAAGAUGUUCCUGGACCACAAGACACUGUACUACGACGUAGAGCCUUUCUUGUUCUACGUCAUGACCGAGGUCGACGAAGAAGGAGCUCGCUUCGUUGGCUAUUUCUCUAAAGAGAAACGGAGUCCCCAUUUCAACGUUAGCUGUAUCAUGACGCUACCCGUCAGACAACGAAAGGGCUGGGGCAAUCUCCUUAUCGAUUUUAGUUAUCUACUAUCCAAGAAGGAAGGCCGAACAGGGUCACCGGAGAAGCCCUUAUCGGGAUUGGGAGCUUUAUCUUACAGGAACUACUGGAAACUGGCGGUCUUCCGAUACCUCGACACAGUGGCCGAGCCAAUCACUUUCGAGGCCAUCAGCAAAGCCACCUCGAUGACGUCUGAAGACGUUCUGUCCACGUUAGUGGCCAAUGACAUGAUCACCAUUCGAGACGAGCCAGCGGUCUUGAUGGCCAAGAAGAAAAGGGCUCAACAGCAACACCGUGAACAAGGCGGUGUUGCCCGGCAGGCCGUUUCUAGAACCCAGCAGACCGGUGGAUCUGGACCUAGCGUCAUGCCCGAUGACUACACCAUACAUAUUCACCAUCCGUCAAUCAGGGAAUACCUUUCACGUCAGGCGAACAAGGGUUACCUACAGUUACGGCCCGAAAGGCUAAAGUAUACGCCAUUCCUGGUUCAAAGGCUCACC